UCUAGCAGAGUGCUUUGUACUGCAGGGAUCCUACACUUGGUUUUUAUGUCCUUCCGUGAUUUCCUUUUGCCCAAGCACAGAAAAUCCCAAGGAAUUUAUGGUUGGGUACAGCGCUGCCUGUGCUCCUGCCCCCUGGGCCUUUCCCUGUAGCUCUGGUACAUACGGUGUGACUCCACAGCCCUGAUUAAUCCUGCCUCUGCUGGAUGUGCCCCAGAGAAGAAAUACGGACACGAGGCUCUGCUGACAACUGGAUCCGGUGCUGAAACCCACUGAUCAAGAUAAGAGUGAGGAAAGGCUGUGGGCCCACCGGCAGGAUAACCAAGCCAAGAGAUGGACCUGUCCCACCGAUUUUCCAGGCGAGAGCUCAAUCUCUUGUACGAGGAGGUUCUCUACACCAUCCUGCACCGCCAGGGCAAGCCCGAACCCGCCUAUGAUGCCAACACAGAUGAAUUGUACGAGUAUGUGCAAAAGGCCUUCAGCAUGGACCCAGAGGAGCAUCACGUUAUACUGCAGCGGGUCAGAGAGUUGGAGAAACCAAUUUUUUGUCUGAAAGUGACUGUGAAGCAAGCCAAAGACAUUCUGGGUAAAGAUGUCAGUGGGUUCAGCGACCCAUACUGCCUGCUGGGGAUAGAAUCAAAGAGACAGGAGCCUUCCAGCGACAGCAGCUCCCAUCUGGAGAACAAGAAGCCAUUAAAGGCUGUGGUGAAAGACAUGAUCCCCGAAGACCAGACACACCGCACCCAAGUCAUAAAUCAAACUCUCACUCCUGUGUGGAAUGAGACAUUUAUACUGGAGUUUAAUGAUGAAGCAAAUUCCAGCUUCCAUCUGGACAUGUGGGACUUGGACGUGGAGGAAUCCAUGCGGCAUAAGCUGGGAGGGCUGACAGAUCUCCAUGGCCUGAAGAGGAUGUUUAAGGAUGCUCGGAAAGACAAAGGGCAGGAUGACUUCCUUGGGAACUUGGUUCUUCGCUUGCAGGACCUGCAUUGCAGGACUGACGAAUGGUACAACCUGGAGCCCCGGACAGAAACCUACCCCAACCGAGGGCAGUGCCACUUGCAGUUCCUGAUGACUCACAAGAAGAGGGCCACCUCUCUGAGCAAGACCCAGCCGAGUUACACCGUCCAUCGCCACCUGUUGCAGCAGAUAGUGCUCUAUGAGAUCCUGCAGCACCAGGCUGGGAGUACUUCCUGGAAUGGGGAGCUGAGUAAACAUGCCAGAACGAUCCUGUACCUGCACGCAGCUCAGAAAGACCUGUCUGACUUUCACCAGGUCAUGGCCCAGUGGCUGGCUUACAGCAAACUCUACCAGAGCUUAGAGUUUAACUGCACCUGCCUGCUCCACCAGAUCACCAGCAUCGAGUACCAGUGGAUCCAGGAAAGGCUGCGAUCUGAGCAGAAAGCAGAGCUGGCCGAAUCUUUCCAGUCCUUGCUGGCCUAUGGAAUCUCUCUCCUCCGGAAGUACCGCAUCGUCUUCCCUCUCUCUGCCCCUGAGUCCACAAACAGGCUACAGUUAUUGCUCAGGGUCCUGGUCCAGAUGUGUAAAAUGAAAGCCUUCCAAGAACUUUGUACUCUGACCCCUAACCUUCAGCAGAUGGUGAUGGAGGCUCUCAAGUCAGGAACCACUGAAUGGUUUUGUAUGCAGAAGCAGCACCUGAAGCCAAUGGUAAAGACCAUGGAGGAGAAUGGGAAAGCACUGGUCAAGCUUCUCGUGGAGGUGAACGGGGAUCUCAAACAAUGCCACAAAACCUGGAACAAAUUUUUCACCAACACUGUGAAUGUGGAUCUCUUCUUCAUUACCUACCUGGAGCUGCAGGAGCUGGUGUCAUGUCAUGUCAAGGAAGAGCUGAGUGAGAUUGACAGCAGCAUGUCCCAACUCACAGCAGAGAGCCUUUUCCAGCUCUACAUAAGCCUGCAGGAGCUUUAUCGGAUGAAGAGCUUCCUGUUCAAGAGGGAUGGCAUCCUUGCUCUGACUGACUUCCACCAGUGGUUUAAGGAAGCCAUCCCCAAGUGGCUCCAGAAGACCUACAUGAUAGCACUGGAGAGGACCCAGAGAGCGAUCCAGGUGGACCAGCUGAUGCCCCUGGGGGAGCUGAAUAAACACAGCACGUCCACUGUUGACCUGUCCACGUGCUAUGCUCAGAUUGUUAAAACCUGGCAGCAGCUGGACUGGCCGGACCCAGAGGAAGCCUUCAUGAUCAUGGUGAAGUUUGUUGAGGACAUGUGUAAGAUCGCUCUGGCAUACUGCAAGCUGAUCAAGAGCCGGGCGGAUGAGCUGUCGUCGAAGCAGCAGGACGAGGGGGAUGCAGCCAACAGGCUCUGCAUCGUGGUGAACAACGUGAAGCAGCUGCGGCUGCUGAUCUUGAAGCUACCGAAGCAGCUGGAGUGGGGGCACCUGGAGCAGCGAAUGAAGGACAUCAUUGAGCCGGAGCAGUUCCAGCACACCCUCCACAACCAGCUGCAGGGCACCAUCACCUGCCUCGACCACGAGAUCAGAGAUGUGGUGCAGAACCUGGCAAAAAAACUGGAUGCCGGGAUCUCCAGGCACAUCCAGAAUCUGGCAGCCUGCAGUGACUCUCAGGAUCCAGAAGAUUCCAUCAUUCCCCUAAUGAAGUUCCUGGAGUCGGAGCUGCAGUACAUGAACCAGCAUCUGGUCCAGGAGAACUUUAAAUGCCUCCUGGAGCUGCUCUGGAACCACACCCUGAAUGAACUGACAGCUGCAGCUAACCAGCUGCAAAACUCCUCCAGGUACUACAGGAAGCUGCAGUUCGCCUUGCAGAACCUGGAGCUCUGCUUUCACGCUGAGGGCUGCGGGCUGCCAACGGACGCCCUGCACACGCCAGCAUUCAUGGAUUUGGAGGAAGGGCUGAAGCUCCGCUCCGCCACGAGCAGAAAACUCAUCCAGAGCUACUUCAGCGGGAGAAUCCAAGAGCAGCUGGAGACCAGCUCUGAGAAGUAUGGUGCAGUGACCAUUAAAGCACUUUACCGUCCCUCGGAACAAAAGCUCCGUGUUGAAGUGCUCAACGCUGUCAACCUCAUCCCGCUGGACUCAAACGGCUCCAGCGACCCCUUUGUCCAGCUGACCCUGGAGCCGCGACACGAGUUCCCCGAGGUGGUGGCGCGCACGACCCAGUGCUGGAAGAACGAGCUCCACCCACUGUUUGACGAGGCCUUUGAAUUUCUGGUCCCUCCCGAGAAAUGCCGGCAGCAUGGCGCCUGCCUGCUGCUCACAGUGUUAGACCACGACACGGUGGGAGCCAAUGAGCUGGAAGGAGAAGCCUUUUUCCCCCUCUGCGACGUGCCGGGGCUGACCGGAGACGAGGACGCAGCUGACCCAGCCCAGGUGUCCCAGACCCGAUUACCGCUGAUGCACCCCAAACCCACUGGGGACCCACUCCUGAAGCUGCUGGAGUCCCGGAAAGGGGACAAGGAGGCACAGGCCUUUGUGAAGCUGCGCAAGAAGCGGGCGAAGCAGUCCAAGGAGAGUGUGUGACAGCAACCAGGCAGGAACCGGGCCAGAGGGGAGCAGGCCUCAGCCCCGAGGUAGCAGGGCCCAAACCACCACCAGUUACAAAGAACUCCAUCCAAUCCCAGCCCCCUUGGCAGCGACAGGGCGCCCGCAGAGGAGGCCCCCAGGGGGUGAAGCUAGGCUGUGGCAGUCUCCGGUCCCAGCUGUGUGUGGAAUUGACCCGGCUUCAGGCUGAGGACAGGGGGAGCCCUGUGCUGCUUUCCAUCCCAACCCAGCAUCAGCAGCCUUGGCUAGUCGGCGGCAGCCUGUCAGGUGCCAGCAGGGUGUGCGACGUGCCCCGGCUGCGAUCCCCGCGGGCCCUGCUGUAUGCCGCUCUCCAGAUGGUGCAGGAGCAGAAAAUGGGGGGAGGCCAAAAAAAGCUGCAACCAAAGCCACUGGGGAUGGGGGGGACGGGGGGGGUUUGAAAUCUAUCCAGCUGGCCCUGCUGGAGCAGCAGCAGCUGUUCCCUCCUGCUCCAGGAGUUGCUGUCGAAGCAGAACAGAGCGUGCGAGACUUCACGAGCGCUGGAGGGAGCAGAGCUGAAAGGGUGGGAAGGGGGAGCUGCUGUCAAGGGUAAGCGCAGGACUCUGUCCCCGUGCAGCAGGCACAGAGGGUGCUGUGCCAGAGAAUUCAUCAAACGCAGAACCCGUGAGUGCGGCUCUGGGCAAGGGCUAGGCCCUCGGCUUGGGGCCAGGGACUGGGAGGUCUGUGGUAUGCUCAGCUGCUGCAGCGGGUGCCCUUUGCCUUAAAGGGACUGGACCCACGCCGCCUUCUCUCCAACGUUUUAGUUACUGUUACAAAUAACUAAACUUCUCAGAGUGGAAAUACUCGGGGAGGGGGGCCGGGGGGAGUGUUGCUCUCAUUAAAUAGCUUCCCCUCUCUGCUACAAGGAAAAGUAGGUACCACACUGAGCUAUGUGCCAAACCCCCAUCCCCACGUCCUCCCGCCAGUCAGUGUCCUGGUUCCUUGCGCUAGCGUAGCUGGGACUUAGUGUGUGUGUAAAACGCCUGUCCAAGAACACUGGGUGGGGCCAGCCUACUCUGCAGCAGGAAGGGAGCAGGUUGGAAUAGGGCCAGAGACCCAUGAUUAGAAUGGGGUCAGAAGAGCAGAUUAUAUGUGUAGCGCAGAGGCGCUUACUUACCCUUAUCCACAGCGUUUCCAGUUCCACCCUGCCGCUCGGCUCUUCUGAACUCAGCUCCUAGCCCCCAAGGCCAUAGCUACGGCUCGGCAGGGACCAGUGGAGUCCAGGCACACAGAUAAAUACAACAGCAUCCCGGUCCGCCAGGGGCUGCUGCACGAUUUUUGGUGCCUUCCUCCCUCUCAGUAAUCAGCAGGGACGCCGCCGGCACGCUAGUGCAUGCGAGGGCUGUUUGACCUGUCCGCCUGGAACACCACAGCAGCACUGGCCAGUAUGGCUGAGGGGCUGGGGGAGAGUGCUCUGGUCUCUGGGGAGGCUUGGGCACAUGUUAGAGUAAAGAGGGCCAGGGCCACCCACCCACACCUUGCUGGGAGCGGCUGCUCUUCUGAUUCUACUGCCGAGCAAUGGCAGCUGGUCUGUAGCCACAAGGGAAACCCCUCCCACCCGAACCCCAGCUAGCUGACUUCCCCCUAAGGCCUUCCAUUGUGGCUCUGAUCCUGGUCCACUGUCUCAGGGUCUCAGCUCACAAUUGACUUUCCUGGUAUUUGCCCCAUGACAGAGAUUGCGGUGCUGACUUGCCCUGAGUCUCUACAGCAAGAGGCUGGGUAGGGCGGUGACAGCACCCACCAGAGACGAUGCGACUCCCUGAGCCUUCACCCAGAGGCGAAAGUAACAUUCCACCCUUAUUGGUAUCGGCGGCCGGCUCUGGGCCCAGCUGAAGGGGGUGGGGCCUCGGGCAGAAGGGGGCGGAGCUGGGGGGGUCAGCAUCCCCCAGCCAGCCCAUCCACGCUGUUGGGCCCACGCUGCCCAGGGCUCCGGCGGCAAUCUAAAGGGCCUGUGGCUCCGGCCGCUGCUGCGGUAGCAGCAGCUGGGAGCCCCGGGCCCUUUUAAAUCACCAGCCCCAGGGCAGCUGCUGCUUUUGAGCCCCCCCUUAUCGGUGGCCUGGGAGCGGGGUGGGGUGGGGUGGGGAAUGGGCAACGAUGUUAAAACAGGAUCCUUUGCCGUGGCUGUGCUUUAACAUCGACUGCCUCCAGGCCAGAACCUGUGGCCAGUUUUUACUAGUGCACCGUACUGGCCUGUACCGGCCCACUUUCACCCCGUGAUAGCACGUGGUUGGGUCAACGCCAGAGGGCCCGAGGGGUGGGCUGAGGAGUCGUAAUGCCCCAGAUUCACUGUGCUUCUGCUCCCAUUUUGUACCGUGAGGCUAGCACUACCUGGCAGGGUGUGGUGCGCCACGUGCUCAGUGUUGUCACUCCAGCCAUGGCCCAGGCGUAAGUCCCUGCAUCAACGUGGCUUUGGGCAGCUCCAUUCUGUACUCGCUAGGGACGUGGGGAGCUCCAACUAAGCCAACUUUAAGGUUCUCACAAAUAAGCUAUUCUUAUUUAAAACAAAGUUACAGCCCUUUAAAAGCUAACCCCCUGCUGUACAGUAACGGAUGCAAGUACUGUGAGGGAAUAAGUUUGUGAUUGCAGGUCAAUGGCUCAAAAAAAGUAAAAGCAAUAAAGAGGAAACAGCCUCCAGUUAA